AUGGGAAAAACAGGUCCAAUAUGUGCGUUGGUUAGUCUUCUUUUCCUUCUGUAUGGCCAAGGCAUCAUGAUGACAAAAGUGGAGGCCACUAGCAAGGUUCAUAUUGUUUAUCUAGGAGAGAAGCAGCAUGAUGAUCCUAUUCUGAAUACAAAUUCACAUCAUGAUAUGCUUGCUAGCGUUGUGGGGAGCAAGGAAAUGGCCUCAGAAUUAAUGGUGUACAGCUACAAACAUGGCUUCUCUGGGUUUGCAGCCAAGCUUACAGAGUCUCAGGUUCAAAAAGUUGCCGAACUGCCUGGAGUUGUUCGAGUAAUACCAAACAGUCUUCACAAGCUACAAACCACAAGGAGUUGGGAUUUCCUUGGCCUCUCUUCUCAUUCUCCUGUUAAUGCUCUUCACAACAGCAGCUUGGGAGAUGGAGUUAUCAUAGGGAUCUUUGAUACAGUGAUGAAGGGCUUGGACCUAUCCCGUCGCGUUGGAAAGGGUGAAGCCAUCUUUACCGGAAAGAACAUUGGUUUUAGAAGCUUGAUUUACCCAGAGGGCAAGGGACUGGUCCGCAACUCUGCAGGGUAG